CUCCCCGCGACACCCGCAGACUCUCAGUUGACCUGAACAUUCCACAAUCUCUUUCGUCUAUAUGACACUUGCCUCGGCGAGUUGCCGUGACGUUUGCAGCGUCGUCUUUGUUUCAUCGGUGACGGAGCCGUCGCGGGGUUAUAAAGACAGUGUCGCGCGGGUGUCAGAGUUGAGGACGGCACGACCUUUUCAAAAAUGGCUCAGUUGACGCUUACCCAUACGGGAGUUCUGCCUUUGGACCCGGCAGUGGUCAGGAGACGGCUGGCGGAGUCCGCGCGCCACUCGCGCAUCUACGACACCAGGCAGCGGUGCAUCGGCCUCGACCUGGAGGCUCUCGACAAGCAGGUCCAGGAGCGAAGGCGGCAGGAACGAGCCGAGGCCCAGCGCGACCAGGCUUUCGAGAAGCUGGGCAGAGACCAGGAAGACGUGCUGCUGCAGAAGGUCCUGGCCAACAAACAGAUGCGGGCCGACGUCCACGCUGACCUCGCCCACUUCUGGGCCACUCACCAGCGUGUGGAGGAAUCCACGGACGCUGACCUCAAGUUGCGACAGAACCUGGACUUCAUCACAGUACCGGAGGAGCAGCUGGGCCUGUCCUCCAUGCAGAUCUUCCAUGGAGAAGAUCCUUUGGCGGGGCAGAGGAUCCGAGAGCAGAUGAGGCAGGCAGAGCGAGACCUGAGCACCCAGAAGAAGGAGAACGACAGGAGAGACCAGGAGAAGCAACGCAAAGAGACCCUGGCCAACCAAGCGAUGGUGCUGCAGGACCUGAGGUGGUGUCACCUGCACGACCUGGAAGAAGAGAGUCGGCGAGAGAAUCGCAUCCGGCUUGGGAACUACAACCAGGGUCUGGCGGCGGAGCAGUGGCAGCAGCGGAUGGACAGACUGAGGCGGGAGGAGAGGGAGAACCUGGAGGAGAUGUGGCACACCAUGACCUCUGACCUGAUGACUGAGCGACCCGAGGCCUCGCGGAGACACGUGGACGGAGGAAAUCCCGAGCAGGUUCUGACCGACCGCUGGAAGGGGAUGAGUCCGGAGCAGCUCAGCGCCAUCCGCAGGGAGCAAGAGGAACAGCGGCAACGCAAGCAGAGGGAGCAGCAGGAGACGAGGGAGGAGCAGGCGGACUGGGACUUCCUGCUGCUGGAGUCCUCCAGAGCCAGAGAGGCGCAUCACCGCAGGACCGAGGCGGCGAGGCGGGAGCGCAGGCUGCGGAUGGACCAGCUCAACAAGAGCCUGUCGCGAGAGCAGCUGGCACAGUGGCCAGGAGUUCCUGAACCAGAAGCUGUACACCAACAGACCCAGCAACGAGUACUUCCUGCAGUUCAACACCUGCUCCCGCUGAGGCCGAGCCCUCCGGCUUCUGGCUCAGCUCGGUUUCCUUCGGGCGACAUGUUAUAUGCUUCUGUGAACGACCUGAAUAAAGCCAGACGCCCGAGUGAGCCAGUGCCACUUUUCUUUUUGUCACAGUGUGGCAGAACUUUCUGCUUAACCCGAGUGAAGGUUGAAGCGGUCCGUCCUUGGAUCCUCGCCUGAGAGAGGGUGGCCUUCUGGCUCAGCUCCAUACAAUCACCCUCCCCCUGGUCUCGGACUCAGAGACCCCACCCAGAAAGAAGCCGCUCGGCGUGUAAAUACCAACUGUUAGUCUUUAUUAUACAUGAACCGGCAUCAUAACAUCUGUUGCAUCGAUGAAAAAUAACAUUUGAGGAGCCAUUCUGCUAAAUACUGCUUCCAGAACGAUUUGGCGGCAAGAGGUGAGCAGGUGCGCGACGGAGGACGGCGGCUGGAUGCGGAGUAGAAAGAGACACAGACGAGGCUACAGCAGACUACAAAAUGAAAAUGCUCUCCGACCUUGAGGCGGGAAGGCGAGGGAGUGAUGACGUCAUCACCCGGCAGGCACAGGAACUCAGAACAGCAUGGACGUUUCUAGAAUACUGUAAGUAUGGCUCGAUAUAUGGACGCGGACGCGGCUAUGUACACAGAUGCUACUCAGCAGUUUCACAGCAAGUUCACCUGAAAGCAUCCAACAACACCCGAGGAGGAACUCUGGCCCCAGUUCAGAGGGUUCAUGAAGGCUUGAGUGACGUCACGCCACAGCGCCACCAGUGGCAAACAGACGUCAUGACAGCUCUUUUUAAUCCAGAAAAAAAAACUGAGUAGAUUCAACUCAUUGCUUCAUGAUAGAACUCAUUGUCUAAAUGUAGAAGGAAUAAUUAAUGCAACACGUUACACCAUGAAAUAAAGACAGGUCCCAACUGAGUCGUACAAACAGAAGGAAGUCGCUUCAGGACACGUCCUUCAUGAACCCUCUCCAGCACCAGCUCGCUGCUGCUGCUCCGGGAUGUUGCUGACAAAGUUCACGACGUGAAAAUAAACGCUUCAAACACAGCCGUAUAAAAAAGGUGGGACAGUUACAAUCCGAGUCUUUUGAAAACUGAGAAACAAGGUUGACCUGAUGACAUCAUCGUCCUCCAGCGGGAGCUGGGUCUCGGACUCCUACAAUGCUCCGACGUUUCUACUCUACAACAUUCUGUUUCCGCGGAGACGACCUCAGAAAAGUCCGACACGGUGACGGCCACGCGCUCCAGAACAAAACCCAGUCGUCGUCCGUCAGGACCUCCUGACCGGGUGGCCUCAGACUCGCAGGAGCCGAUCCUCGUCAGGUGAACUUCACGCCUAGACUCCAGGCUGUCGCUCGGACGUUGACUUGACUAGAUUCUGGAGUAAGUUGUGAACAGAUCGAACCUUCUAUCUAACCUUCAUCCCAGUGGAUUAAGUUGCCCAUCCAGAACUAACUCUGAGUCCCGACCUUGAAUUUGAAUUCGCACAUGAUGAACCUGGAGAUCUAAUUCAUUUAACUCUGACUGACCUGAAUGAAUCCAGAACUGAGAUUAGAUUUUGUUCUCAAGUGAAGGGCCUUCACCGUGUCACUGAUGUGGAGAA